UCACUCUUGUUUUGCGCGUGUGUGAUAUGUGAUGUGAUACACGGGCUGUAAUCAUUCCAAUGGCUCUCGUCGACCAUGGACGAUGAUUUUGUUUCGGUUUUUCCAUUCGCAUCACGGGAAUAUCGCUCCAGCAUCGACGCAGUCCAUGAGCACAAGGGGGUUUUCGCUUCUUUUGACUGUUGAAGGAUAUUUUUGAAUGUCGAGAGACUGAAGAGACACGGAGACGCGUUCAAUGCCGUUGGAACAUGUCAUAUGUUCCCUUUCAAGAUGCGAGGUAUGCUGCCCCCCCCUCCUUCCGACACCAGCCCUCCUUUGCUGCUGCUCCCUCCUACGAGCAACCCGACUGGAAUCCUCGUCUGUGUGUGAUCAGUGGAAAUCAGCUCUACAUGUUGGACCAGGAGGAGGUUCACCCUUUGUUGAUACGCGAGCAGCGCUCGGAGACGCACAGGAACAAGCUGCUGCGACGGACGGUCAGUGUGCCUGUGGAGGGGAGGCACCAUCCUGAAAUGGACCAAGCUCGGCUCCGGCGGAAGAGCAUCGCCACCGGGAAGCAGCCAAGCAUGGAGAUCCCACCCCCUGCCCCCCCACAACCCUUCCGACAAUCCGUGAGUACCCCGCCGUUCCGUCCCCGAUCCCUGUCUCCCUCCACCGGCCUGUCCUCUUCACAGUCACAAAAGAGAGUCAGUACCCCUCCGCUCCCCCGUUCCCUCCCGCUCUCCCCGACCAUCUCUCUGACUCUCCCUCCCUCAGUCCCGCUCUCUCAUUGGGCUGCUGGUGAGUGGAAGGUUGUGGGUUCUAAUCCAUGGACUGGACCCAGUGUGGCGGCUCUGCCCUCUCUUGAGAGUUUUCUCAGUAGAAGACUGAAGGGGUCCAUUAAGCGGGCCAAGAGUCAGCCCAAACUGGACCGAACCAGCAGCUUCCGCCACAUGAUCCUCCCUCGUUUCCGCAGCGCCGACCAGGACCGGACUCGUCUGAUGCAGAGCUUCAAAGAAUCACACUCCCAUGAGUCUUUGCUGUCUCCCAGCAGCGCAGCCGAGGCCUUGGAUCUGACACUUGAUGAAGAUGCGGUCAUCAAGCCUGUUCACUCCAGUAUACUCGGGCAGGAGUACUGUUUUGAGGUUAUAACUUCUUCAGGAACAAAGUGUUUUGCCUGUCGGUCGGCUGCGGAGCGAGACAAAUGGAUAGAGAAUCUGCAGAGAGCUGUCAAACCAAACAAAGACAACAGUCGACGCGUCGACAACGUUCUGAAGCUGUGGAUCAUCGAGGCACGUGAACUCCCACCCAAAAAGCGCUAUUAUUGUGAACUGUGCUUGGAUGACAUGCUAUACGCCCGCACCACCAGCAAACCCCGAACCGAUACUGUCUUCUGGGGUGAGCACUUUGAGUUCAACAACCUGCCAGCUGUCCGCAACCUCCGCCUUCAUCUUUACAAAGAGACAGACAAGAAAAGACGCAAGGACAACAGUCGACGCGUCGACAACGUUCUGAAGCUGUGGAUCAUCGAGGCACGUGAACUCCCACCCAAAAAGCGCUAUUAUUGUGAACUGUGCUUGGAUGACAUGCUAUACGCCCGCACCACCAGCAAACCCCGAACCGAUACUGUCUUCUGGGACAACAGUCGACGCGUCGACAACGUUCUGAAGCUGUGGAUCAUCGAGGCACGUGAACUCCCACCCAAAAAGCGCUAUUAUUGUGAACUGUGCUUGGAUGACAUGCUAUACGCCCGCACCACCAGCAAACCCCGAACCGAUACUGUCUUCUGGGGUGAGCACUUUGAGUUCAACAACCUGCCAGCUGUCCGCAACCUCCGCCUUCAUCUUUACAAAGAGACAGACAAGAAAAGACGCAAGGAGAAGAGCACAUAUCUGGGCUUGAUCAGCAUUCCCAUUUCCAGCAUCACUGGUCGUCAGUUUGUGGAGCAAUGGUACCCCGUCAUUCAGCCCAGUGUCCUGGCCAAGGGUGGCGGUGUUGGAGGGGGCAAAAUCAUCAACGCCUCCCUGCGGCUCAAGUCGCGCUUUCAGACCAUGAGCAUCCUGCCGAUGGAGCUGUAUAAAGAGUUCGCAGAGUAUGUGACCAACAACUACCGUACGCUGUGCGCCGUUCUGGAGCCGCUGCUGAGUGUCAAGAGCAAAGAGGAAGUGGCCUGUGCUCUGGUGCACAUCCUGCAGAGCACAGGGAAGGCCAAGGAUUUUCUUUCAGACAUGGCGAUGUGUGAGGUGGACCGAUUUAUCGAUCGAGAGCACCUGAUCUUCAGAGAGAACACCCUGGCCACCAAAGCCAUAGAAGAGUACCUCAAACUCAUCGGACACAAGUACCUCAAAGACGUUUUAGGGGAUUUUAUCCGAGCGCUGUAUGAGUCAGAGGAGAACUGUGAAGUCGACCCAAUGAGGACUCCACCUUCUGUGCUGCCCGAACAUCAAGCCAACCUCCGGAUGUGCUGUGAGCUCGCACUCUGCAAAAUUGUCAACUCUCAUUGUGCGUUUUCAAGAGAACUAAAAGAGGUGUUUGCGUCCUGGCGUGUUCGAUGUGCUGAGAGGGGAAGAGAAGACAUUGCAGAUCGACUGAUCAGUGGUUCCCUCUUCCUGCGCUUCCUGUGUCCAGCCGUCAUGUCACCAUCUUUAUUCAACCUCACACAGGAGUACCCCGAUGAGCAGACUUCACGCACACUCACCCUCAUAGCCAAAGUUGUGCAGAACCUUGCAAACUUCUCAAAGUUUGGCAGUAAGGAGGAGUACAUGUGCUUUAUGAAUGAGUUUUUAGAGAUGGAGUGGGGCUCCAUGCAGCAGUUCCUGUACGAGAUCUCCAAUCUCGACAGCGUGAGCAACGCAGCUGCUUUUGAGGGCUACAUCGACUUGGGAAGGGAGCUCUCGAUCCUGCACAGUCUUCUGUGGGAAGUCAUGGCACAGCUAAGCAAGGAUGCUAUCAUCAAACUCGGACCAUUGCCCCGCCUUCUGAAUGACAUCAGCAUGGCCCUUCGUAACCCUCACCUCCAGCGACAGCCCAGUCAUCAGAUGGACAGACCGCCUCCAGAGAGACAGACGGAAAGACUGCUCUCCAGGCCCAGCUUCAACAGGGGUAUCUCGUCUGAGUUCCAGAACAUCAUGAUGAGAGACCUCAACAGUUCAGUCGAGAUCACUCGCCUGCCCUCUCCAACCUCUGCCAUGUCCAGUGGUGGCGCCCCUCCGUCCCGGGCCGGAUUAGGGGGGUUUGCAGACCGCGAUCAUCCUAACCGAGCCUCAUCUAAAUUGGGGGGGUUUGCAGACCGCGAUCAUCCUAACCGAGCCUCAUCUAAAGACGUUUUCUAUGUUGCCCGUCCCCCGUUGGCCCGCUCUAGUCCAGCGUACUGCACUAGCAGUUCUGAUAUUACUGAUCCAGACCCAAAGGACUCAAGAAUGAACAGCGUCUCUAACCUGCAGUCUAUGGGGGACAUGCUCAACUCUUCCCAGGCCUCGAUUGCCGGCCUCGGCAGCUACGGUGGGCUCGCGGGCUUGGGAGGUGGCCUCGGAGGUCAGCUGCGCGCUGGAGGGCGUAUGUCGGCCGGAUCCGGGGGUUCCAGCAUGUCCGGGGGUCUGAGGUUGAGCCAGCUGAGCCAGAUGGGAACCACCACCGACUCGCUGUCCCAGCAGCAACAGCAACAAGCCGCCGCUCUCCGCUACCCCCUCUCCUUCCAGAACCCUCUGUUCCACCUGGCUGCUGAUGGGCCUCAGCUUCACCACCAGCACAGUCGAGCUCAACCUCCUCCUCCUCUCCUGCUGGCCCCAGAGCCGGACGCUUCUCACCCCUCUUACAUCCCGCAGUUCGCCCAUGGCGGUUUCUCCCGAAGCGAGGAAUUCCACAAAAGUACCAUGAUCAAAUGCUACAAAGAAGCUCAAGAGCACCAUCAUCUUCAUCAGGAAAUUAAAUGGAAAUGGUGGUUGUUAUUUAAGCAUGUGUCUCAUGACCAGGAGCAGCAGCAGAUGGCAGGCAUGGCAUCGCAGACGGGCACAUCUCAUUCAUCGCUCGCCACGCCACCUUCCACCGUUCAGCCUGCCCGCCAAAGCUCCAUGGCUCCUCCCACGCAGCGCAUGAAAUCUCAACCCUCGCAUCAGCUUUCCGUGAGUUCUGCCGCCGCAGCCGCUCCUGCGGGCAAAACCAGGCCACAGAGUGGAAACCUGCUCCAGUCCCCGGAGUCCGGCUUCGGGGGCCGGCAACAGGGUCCUCGGCAGCAGCUGUCUGUCAAAGACAGCACCCCGCCUGGCCUGCCGCAUCAGCAGAGCUCCACCAGAGAGAGCCAGGGAUCCCAGGGCUCUCAGGGCGGAACGCCGCAGUCCACACAGCAAUCCAAAUCACAUCAGGAACGGCAGCAGAUCCAGCAACAGCAUCUGCUCAAGCCUACCAUGAGCAAACAGGGCUCUUCCCAAUCUCCAUCCACUCUCAACCCUUUGACCCCUGCCUCUGAGCGAACGGUCGCCUGGGUGUCCAACAUGCCCCAUCUUUCUGCUGACAUAGAGAGCUCCCGCAUCGACAGAGAAGAAUACAAACUCAAGGAGUAUUCAAAGAGCAUGGACGAGUCGCGUCUGGACAGGGUGCGUGAAUACGAGGAGGAGAUCAACUCUCUGAAGGAGCGUCUGAUGAUGUCACACCGCAAGCUGGAGGAGUACGAGAGGAGGAUGUUAACUCAGGAGCAGCAGACCAAUAAAAUCCUGCUGCAGUAUCAGAGCCGACUGGAGAACAGCGAGAGGAGACUGAGACAGCAGCAGAUGGAGAAAGACAACCAAAUUAAAGGAAUUAUUGACAGACUCAUGGCUGUGGAAGACGAGCUGAGGGUAGGGGUGGUGCCUGAGCACAAACCCAGGAUAUUCGCAGAACAGGAAAAGCAGCUUUCCGCCUUGGAUUCAGCAGACCCCGGUGUGAGUUUUGGAGGAGAAUUGACCAGCUCUCCUGGCGUUGUGGGAGUCUCCCAAUCGGACAAAUCCUCUACCCGAUCCCCCCUGAACGGAAUCUUGUCCUUCCCGUUAGCCUCCCCUCCUCAUUCCCAUCCUCACGCACAACUCCGGCCGAACGGAGAGAUCUCCGGCAACCAAAAAUCAGCAAUGGCAUCGAGGGCAAGUUUGGAGGGGGAGCAGGUCAAUAACAACGCUGACCGAAUCCAAGAGAAUUUUUAGGAAUUCCGAAGAAAAAUUCACAUCCUUUGUCAUCCUUUGAAGCUUCAGCGGUUGUUUUAUUUUGUGCAUUAGACUGAGGACAAGUGGGAGGCGGAACACACCAUUACUUGCACCAUCCAAAACAAAAGGGCUCUCCAUUGGAUCCGAUAUGUUAUUCCAAAAUCACGUUUACUUUGGAUCAAAUUUAAAAGCCCCUUGCACAUACAGUACCUCUGCCACCACAGGUCAUCCAAACCACUGGAAAGUACUUGGUUCAGGUUCCAGGUUUUUUGACUGAGUUCCCUCAUAUUGUGUAAAAAAUUCCAAGAAGCUGGGAAUGACCCCAGGACCGGUGGGCAAACAAACUAUACGUACGUUUCGAAGUGUAUAGAGAUCGAAAAAACGCCAGCUUUGUCUUGAGGAUUUUGUCAUGUCAUCUGGCUUCCCUAGUGCCUUUCUGUAUCUCCUGACAGGGUUUUCAAACGAACACAAGAAUAACGACAGCAGAAUUACAGAAAUGGUUGUGCAAACGCCGCUCUCUUCUCGAGACUGCUCACUUAGAAGAGAUUGAUGUGUUCUUCUGCCUCAAUGUAAUGCUGAAAAUGUCAAGCUUUGGAAUACGACCAUGGCUCGGGUUUUUUUGUGGACAAUGUCUGGAAAGUGCUUGUGGUCUUUGAAUUGCCUCACUAGACUGAACUUGUGCAAUGUUCUCUCUUCUCAAUCUCAGAACCUAUGUGUAUUUAACUGGUGCUAUGGAUUCUCAAAGCAUUGCUUUGUGUCACAUCACCGCCUCCCAUUCUGUCAUCGUCCUGACUGUUCAUAUGUGUCUUCGUCCUCCCAUUUAUCUCCUUACGGGCCGAUUUUGACUUUCUUUCAGUGUGUGUCUGCAACAGGAGAUGAGCGCGAGGUGAUCUCUGUCAGGUCAAAAACCUUUUGUCUUUUUACUAAAACAAGAUGCUAGGCUAGAAUGCAGUUGUGGUCGUAUGGUGUUUUUUAUACAGAAACUUUUUUGUGUGUUUUUGUCUAAAAAGACAGUUUAAAGUCAACAUGAAAGUUAACAUGGAAGCAACCAAUUUUCCCUCCAUAAUGUGACUUUUUGGAGUAAAAUGGGAAGAACUGACUUUAUUUUAACUUUUAGGAAUUCAUUGGAUUGUAAAAAAAAAAAAAGUCUGGUGGCUA